AUGGCUGACUUGUUAGUUGUUCCGUUAAAGAAAUCUACAGACGUAGAUAUCGUGAAACCAUUGAAGAAUUUAAUUCAAUCUACGUACAACACCGGAGGAAACAAUGAAGAUUAUAGCGAUGCUGUCGAAGAACUUGGGCGCCUAAGAACCAAUGCUAUUUGGAAGGUUUUCGAGAAGUCUUCACUAGAAAUUAUUUACAGUUACUAUGACCAACUCACAUCUCUGGAAACCAAGAUCCCACCACAAGAAGUGCAGAUUCCAUUUAAGUGGAAGGAUGCCUUUGAUAAGGGGUCUAUUUUUGGAGGUCGGAUGAGCCUAACUGUUGCCUCGUUGGCCUAUGAGCGUAUGUGUAUCCUGUUCAACAUGGCCGCCAUGCAGAGUUCCCUAGCCGCCCAGCAGGCACUUGACACUGAAGACUCCCUUAAGCUUGCUGCAAAAUUGUUGCAGCAAGCAGCCGGUAUCUUCGCAUAUCUAAAAGCCAAUAUUCUAAUGGCGGUACACCAAGAUCCCACGCCAGACCUGAAUCCUGAAACACUGCAGGCUUUGUCGCAACUUAUGCUUGCACAGGCGCAAGAGGUGAUUGCCUACAAGUGUAUCCGAGAUGAGAUGAAAGAAAGCACGGUGGCGAAAGUGUGCGCGCAGUGUGAGGAGCUGUACACGGACGCGCUGCGCUCCAUGCAGAAGGAGCAGCUCAAGACACUGUGGGACCGCGACUGGAUACCUACCGUGCAAGCCAAGCUGUCUGCGUUCAGAGGUCUCACACAAUAUUACCAGAGUCUUGUGUGCCGCGAAAAUAAGGCCGUCGGAGAGGAGAUUGCACGCCUACAGAUAGCGGCGGAGCUGCUGAAGGGCGCAAGCGGCGGGGGGGUGCUGCAGGAGACUGGUGUUCGAGCGGCGCGCCAACUGGCGGCCGCGCGCCGCGACAACGACUUCAUCUACCACGAUCGCGUGCCCGAGCCGCGCCAGCUGGAGCCCGUGCAGCGCGCGCCCGUCGCCAAGCCGCUGCCGCCGCAGCAGCGCUGGGCACAGUCGCACACAGAUCUGUUCGCGAAGCUGGUGCCCAUGGCGGUGCACCAGGCGCUGCAGGCGAGUGCUGCGCGCCGCUCGGAGAUGGUCACCGCAGAGAUCAACAAGCUGCGCGAGGGCACACAGCUUCUCAACAGCAUCCUGGCGUCGCUGAACCUGCCGGCCUGUCUGGAGAGCGCAAGUGGUACGGACGGCGCGCUGCCGGAGUCCAUCCGCGAGAAGGCGGCGGCCGUGCGCGCGGCCGGUGGCCUGCCGGCGCUUCAGGCACUCAUGGCCGAGCUGCCCGAGCUGCUGCAGCGCAACAAGGAUAUCCUCGACGAGACGGAGCGGAUGCUGCGCGAGGAGCGCGACUCGGACCGGUCGCUGCGCGCGCAGUUCGGCGCACGCUGGAGCCGCAGCGAGUCGGGCGCGCUCACGGAGUCAUUCCGCGCCAACGCCGCCAAGUACACGGACAUCAUCGACAAUGCCGUGCGCGCAGACUCCAUCGUGCAGCAGAAGUUCCAGCAGCACAAGGAUAACAUCGCGCUGCUGAGUAGCAGCGAGGGCGAGCUGCAGGCCGGCGUGCCCGCCGCGCCCGACGCUGCGCCCACCGGUGACGCCGCCGCCCGCGCCGAGCUGCGCGCGCUCAUGGACAAGGUGGAGACGAUGAAGGCGGAGCGCGACGCCAUCGAGGCGGAGCUGAAGGACGUAACGGUGGACCUUCGCGAAAAGUUCCUCGAGGCACUGGCGGCGGACGGCGCGCUGGACGAGCCGGCGCACUCUGCCGCAGCUCUAGGCGCAGCGCUGCAGCCGCUACAGCGCCGCGUCGCCGACACGCUGCAGCGCCAGGAGGCGCUCGUCGCGGACAUACAGCGCGCGCACUCGCAGCUGUGGGCGGGGAGCGGGGGGGAGGCGAGCGGGCGCGAGGCGGCGCUGGGCCGGCUGUGCGCCGCGUACGACGCUUACCAGGACCUCACCGCUAACCUCAAAGAGGGUGUCAAGUUCUACAACGACCUCACGCAGUUGCUGGUGGCGUUCCAAAACAAAGUGUCGGACUUCUGCUUCGCGCGUAAGACGGAGAAGGAGGAGCUGCUGAAGGACCUCACGCAGGAGGCGUCGCGCUCCUCGCCGCGCCCCGCCCCGACCCCGCCGCAGCACCACGCUGCUGCAGACGAGGUACGUUCCAAAACAAAGUGUUGGACUUCUGCUUCGCGCGCAACACGGAGAAGAUGGAGUUGCUGGUGGACCUCACACAAGAGGCGUCGCGCUCCUCGCCGCGCCCCACCCCGGACCCGCCGCAGCACCACGCUGCUGCAGACGAGGUACGUUCCAAAACAAAGUGUCGGACUUCUGCUUCGCGCGCAACACGGACAAGAAGGAGGUGCUGAAGGACCUCACACAAGAGGCGUCGCGCUCCUCGCCGCGCCCCACCCCGGCCCCGCCGCAGCACCACGCUGCUGCAGACGAGGUACGUUCCAAAACAAAGUGUCGGACUUCUGCUUCGCGCGCAACACGGAGAAGGAGGAGCUGCUGAAGGACCUCACGCAGCAGGCGUCGCGCUCCUCGCCGCGCCCCGCCCCGCCGCCGCCGCAGCACCACGCUGCUGCAGACGAGAGGCGUCGCGCUCCUCGCCGCGCCCCACCCCGGCCCCGCCGCAGCACCACGCUGCUGCAGACGAGGUACGUUCCAAAACAAAGUGUCGGACUUCUGCUUCGCGCGCAACACGGAGAAGGAGGAGCUGCUGAAGGACCUCACGCAGGAGGCGUCGCGCUCCUCGCCGCGCCCCGCCCCGACCCCGCCGCAGCACCACGCUGCUGCAGACGAGGUACGUUCCAAAACAAAGUGUCGGACUUCUGCUUCGCGCGCAACACGGACAAGAAGGAGUUGCUGAAGGACCUCACACAAGAGGCGUCGCGCUCCUCCGCGCCGCGCCCCACCCCGGCCCCGCCGCAGCACCACGGUGCUGCAGACGAGACGAGGUACGUUCCAAAACAAAGUGUCGGACUUCUGCUUCGCGCGCAACACGGAGAAGAAGCAGUUGCUGAAGGACCUCACACACGAGGCGUCGCGCUCCUCGCCGCGCCCCCCCCCGGCCCCGCCGCAGCACCACGCUGCUGCAGACGAGGUACGUUCCAAAACAAAGUGUCGGACUUCUGCUUCGCGCGCAACACGGAGAAGGAGGAGCUGCUGAAGGACCUCACGCAGGAGGCGUCGCGCUCCUCGCCGCGCCCCGCCCCGGCGCCACCGCAGCACCACGCUGCUGCAGACGAGGUACGUUCCAAAACAAAAAGUGUCGGACUUCUGCUUCGCGGGCAACACGAAGAAGGAGGAGCUGCUGAAGGACCUCACGCAGGAGGCGUCGCGCUCCUCGACGCGCCCCACCCCGGCCCCGCCGCAGCACCACGCUGCUGCAGACGAGGUACGUUCCAAAACAAAGUGUCGGACUUCUGCUUCGCGCGCAACACGGAGAAGGAGGAGCUGCUGAAGGACCUCACGCAGGAGGUGUCGCGCUCCUCGCCGCGCCCCGCCCCGCCCCCGCCGCAGCACCACGCUGCUGCAGACGAGGUAUGUUCCAAAACAAAGUGUCGGACUUCUGCUUCGCGCGCAACACGGAGAAGAAGGAGUUGCUGA